AUGGCUGAACGACGCAAGGUAAAAAAAGUCGACUACGCAGAGGAACCGUCAAAGGAGGUGUACGCAAUCGCGAAGUACUUGCGCUUCCAGUGUCCGUGCAAGAAGACCGUCUGUUUCGGCGACGAAGUGUCGUAUUUCGCUGGUUGCAAGGCGGUGGACGUGUUGCUCGAUUCGAAAUGGGCAUCUUCGAGAAAGCGCGAACCGCUAUUCACCAAUCGCCAGAGUUGUGUGGACUUCCUUCAGAUCGAAGUGAUGUCAUGUGAUAAACUUCAUUUGAUUUUUCGCGCAAAGAAACUUAUCCCUAAACGCAAAGAGCGGGUCGAUGGAAAAGAUACUCGGCAGGAACGGAAGGCACAGGCACCUGACCACGGCGAUGGAAAAACGACGCAUGGCGAUACUGUUGGGGAAGUUGGUGAAAAAGAGGUUCCAAAAGAAACGACUAAGAAAUCGAAAAAAAUCAGACUCGAAUUUCACCCGGAGCAAGUGUUUAUCGAUGGCAAUGACGUUUACGUUUGGAAAUACGAUCCGACACCAGUGAAGACGUUUGUGCUGGGCUUGCUGAUGGUUGUUGGAUCGAUCGCUGUUUGCCUUUUCCCACUAUGGCCUCCUCAAGUGCGACUAGGUGUAUAUUAUCUGAGCGUUCUGGCAAUGGGAUUUGUCGGAUUCGUCAUAGUCCUUGUUGUCUUGCGUGCACUGAUUAUGGCUGUCGUUUGGGUGGUGACGCUUGGACGUCAUCACUUGUGGAUACUGCCCAACCUGACCGAAGAUGUCGGCUUCUUCGACUCCUUCAAACCGCUUUACACUCACGAAUACAAAUCACCGGCAACAGGCAAGAAGACCCAUCAAGCUGUGGCCGCUGAAAAGCAAAAGCCGCCUUCUCGCCCUGCUAGUUCGGUCGAAAAUGAAAAAGACGUGUCUGAAGGUAUGCCGUCGAAUAGCUUGUUAGCAAACAACGUAGCCGUUUUGUAUAUGCGUUGCAGCUACAGAUGUAUGGGUUAG